AUGCUCCGGAUGUUCAGAUGUCCUGGUCUCUCUCUGGAGGAGGCCUGCUCCUGGGCCUGGACCCUCCUGACUGAGGUCUACCAGAUCCCUGCAGACAGACUCUACGUGUCCUACUUCAGUGGAGACCCAGAGACCGGACUGGGACCAGACCUGGAGACCAGAGAGGUCUGGCUGCAGCUGGGCCUGCCCUCCUCUCGGGUCCUCCCCUUCGGUCUACAGGAGAACUUCUGGGAGAUGGGGGAGACCGGUCCCUGUGGUCCGUGCUCUGAGAUCCACCUGGACCUGAGAGGAGACCGAGACGCCUCUGCCCUGGUCAACAGAGACCCGCUGGUCCUGGAACUAUGGAACCUGGUCUUCAUGGAGCACAGCAGACAGCCCGAUGGCGCCCUCUGGCCCCUCCCCUUCCGCAGUGUGGACACAGGUCUGGGACUGGAGCGACUCGUCUCCGUUUUACAGAAGAAAUCUUCAAACUACGACACAGACCUGUUCUCUCCUCUGCUGCUGUGGCUGCACCAGUUGACAGGAGGGGCCCCGUACCAUGGGGGCCUGGGUCCCCGGGACACAGCGUACCGUGUGGUUGUGGAUCACAUCAGGACUUUAGCCGUGUGCAUCGCUGACGGAGUCCACCCAGGCAUGACCGGGGCCGAGUUGGUCUUGAGGAGGAUCCUGCGCAGAGCUCUAAGGUUCAGUUUUGAGGUUCUGAAGGCUCCUGAGGGGACUCUGGGGAGACUGGCCCCAACUGUGGCUCAUGUACUGCCCAGUGUCCUGAAGAAGACACAUCCGCUCGCACACGGGGGAGCGCCCGUACCCCUGCGCCCCCUGCGGCUUCUCCUUCAAGACCAAAAGCAAUCUGUACAAACACCGCAAGUCACACGCUCACCUGGCGAAGGCGGGGGGGCCGUGGCGGGGACCGGCUCGGAGCACGGCUCGUUCGAAGGAGACUUCUCAGAUGGAGACCAGACCUCGGACUCUGAGGACGAGGCGCCGAGAAGUGACCCUCUGCUGCUGCUGGACGCCACGGGCUCUGCCCACACGGCCGUCAAAGUCCUUAGCCUCAUCUCGCACAAGAGGGGAACGACGAUGGCUCCUUUGGCCGUGCAGGAGCAGCAGGAGCAGCAGGAGCAGCAGGAGCAUCUCCCCUCCAGCGCCGUCAAGCAGAGGUUAGCGCUGCGGCUGUCGGAGAAGCGCAGCAGCGACUCUGAGCACAACCUGUCACUCCCGAGUCAGUCCAGCAAAGGCAGCACGGACUCCGGAUACUUCUCUCGCUCGGAGAGCUCGGAGCACCAGCCGGGCCCGCCCAACGCUAACGCUAAGUCAUAUCAAGAAAUCAUGUUUGGGAAGUGCUACAGGCCGAGUCCCAAGCAGGGGUUUGGGAGCGAGGGCUCGGAGAGAAGCGUUUGUCGCGGGUUUAUACGCAGGAGAAGGACGGAGCGGACGUCCAUUAGGAUCAACACUUCAUGGGAGAAGAAGAGCUACAGCCGGACGCAGACCUGGGGCUGUUGCUGA